UCGCCGAGUUUCGGCUCGUUGGAUGAAACGUCACAUUCGUCGUUCUUUACUCAGCUUGUCCGCGAGAUGGUGACAGGUCCUGGCUCAUCAGCUGAGUUCGCUUGACGUAAGAAAACGCUAUCAAUUCAGCUCGAAGCAUUUCACGCAAAGGUCCCUGAACAACGACAAGUAUGGAGUGGCUGUUUGGAAAACGUGUUACCCCGGAGGAGAUGCUUCGGAAGAACCAGAGGGCACUGAAUAAAGCGAUGCGAGAUUUGGAUAGAGAAAAAAUUCGAAUGGAGCAGCAAGAGAAGAAAAUCAUAGCUGAUAUUAAGAAACUAGCAAAAGAUGGACAAAUGGAAGCUGUCAAAAUAAUGGCCAAAGAUCUUGUCAGAACGAGACGUUACGUCAAGAAAUUUAUGCUUAUGAAGGCAAACAUCCAAGCAGUUUCUUUAAAAAUACAAACGUUGCGCUCUCAGAAUACCAUGGCACAAGCCAUGAAGGGUGUUACUAAGGCAAUGCAGAGUAUGAAUAAGCAGUUGAAUCUACCACAAAUCCAAAAGAUAUUGCAAGAAUUUGAAAAACAGUCUGAAAUAAUGGACAUGAAGGAAGAAAUUAUGAACGAUGCCAUCGACGAUGCCAUGGAAGAUGAAGGUGACGAAGAAGAAAGUGACGCGGUUGUCUCUCAAGUAUUGGAUGAGCUUGGCCUACAAUUAACAGACCAACUUUCUGGCCUACCACAAGCAUCGGGAUCCCUCAGCGUUGCAGGGAGUAAACAGCCUGUUGCCACAGCUGCUGGUGCCGCUGCUGGUACUGGCGGCGCCGGUGGUGGAGGUGGGUCUGAUGGAGCGGGUAACGUCAAUGAUGCUGAUGCAGAUUUACAAGCAAGGCUAGAAAACUUGCGCCGCGAAUAAAAUGUAUAAUUGUGUGGUUAUUGAAUAUAAAUAUGAACAGUGUACAUAAGUCGCUUUACAUAUUGUAAUACAUCAAGAGCUAGUUAAAACCUAUGAACAAGUUAUAUAGCCGUGCGCAAAUUAGGGAAUUUUGAGAAUGAGGAACUCGUUACGAUAAGAAUUAGUGAUAAGCAAAGCUUGACCGUGUUACAAUUUUUUGAAAUUCUGGUAAUCUCCAAAUACUAUUACUAAUUGGAAUAGUCUUAGAAAAAAUUUCCACCUACAUUCUUAUUGUUAUAUUGACCAAAAAUUUUAGUGCUUGGUUUGGUUAGACGAAGCAUUAAAUGUAACGACAAAGUCUACGAAUAUUUGAUAUUAAAUAUGUUUAUUAUCUUUAA